AUGUUUAAUUUACCCACAGAUUUAGUAAACGUGAAGGGCUGUCCAGGUUUAGAGAUUAAGAGGAGAUGUGUCAUUGUGUUCCAAGGGCACCACACAGUAUACUCUACUGUAAUAUUACAUUACCAUAGUUUCUGGUAUCCCCUAAAUCUGACACUCUCUGUUUAUAUUGUAGAACUUGAAACCAUCAGAAAACAUGCAGUGGAUGUGACUCUAGAUCCUGAUACAGCACAUCCCAAACUCAUCCUGUCUGAAGACAGGAAACAAGUUAGAUAUGGAGACAUAAAACAGAAUCUCCCUGAUAACCCAAAGAGGUUUGAUAUUGUUCCCUAUGUCCUGGGAAAGGAGAGUUUCUCCUCAGGGAGAUUCUACUACGAGGUGCAGGUGGAGGGGAAGAAUGGGUGGACUUUAGGAGUGGCCAGAGAGUCCAUCAACAGGAAGAAGUAUAUUCGCCUGAAACCUGAGAAUGGAUGCUGGACUGUUUGGCUGAGGUUUAAAGAAUACAAGGCUUUAACUGACCCCUCUGUCGUCCUCUCCCUGAGAGAGAAGCCCCAUAAGGUGGGGGUGUUUGUGGAUUAUGAGAAGGGUCAGGUCUCAUUCUACAAUGUAGAGGCCAGGUCUCAUAUCUACUCCUUCACUGGCUACACCUUCACUGAGAAACUCUAUCCAUUCUUUUAUUCUGGUGCUACUGGUAACUCAGCCCCACAGGUCAUCACGCCUGUAGGUGUCACUGACUAACUGUUUUAUAUCAAACAUUGAAAUACUGGUUGUGUGUGUGUGCCUGUGCGUGUGUGUGUGUGUGCGUGCAAGUGUGUGUGUUACUGUCAUGACUUUGCCCUGUUGGGUGAGGUUUAUGACCCCCCCCAUAAAUACCUGUCCCCCUUUUCUCUCCACUCUACAGAAUGGAAUCUUGGAAAGCCCUAUGUUACCACAGAGAAAGUAUGGUAAUAUCAAAAGGCAGAGGAAUGGAACAAUAGUUCCCUAUCUCAACCAGUUGAAGUGUUCGUUGGUACUUAAAGAAUAUGAUGUCAGAUCAGUUGUUGUCUGGGACACUAUAUCUGAUGAUAGGAUGACAUAAAUUGUAUCUUGGAAAGUCUACACAUUCUAGUUAUCAGAUUCACAUGGAAUUAAAUAUGAAACUAUUUGUGAAAAUAUGAAAUGUAAUUUUAACUUCUAAAUGAGAGAAUUGUUUUCAUACGUAAACUAUGCUCACUCAGUGGCCACGCCCAAGUGAACAGACAUUGGUUGAGAACUAUGAAACACGCCCUUCUCUCCCCCAGUACAAAAGUCCAUUGACGGAAGUUAACCUUAGUUCCCAAUGACGCGGGGCUAAUUUCAAUAUGGAGGUGAUGAUCACCUCACUGAAAUGGUGUAUUUCGACUAGACCAGCAUAAGCUGAUUAUGGCAACUUAGUAUGAACAUUGAACGAUUAUUUACUGAAGAAGUGAUACAUCCUAGACUUCAAGUUAUCAGCUGCAGCUGUAAACGUAUGUGGCCUAGGAAAGGACAGACAAUCUCCUAAGAACGACAGGGUACUUUAACGUAUCCGCUCUACAACACUACGACCAGAAAUAUUCUUCAAAGGACAAUGGCGAUCUCUGCUGGGCAAACCAGUCUUCCAUCUUCGACCCAUCUAUCGAAGGGCAGCUCAGAGUAAAUAUAUAUGUUGCAUUUUUCUUCACCGAAUGGGAGGUUAUUAGAAUACAUAAGAUUCUGUAUUUACGGUAGAAUAGCUUUUCAAGGUCCGAUAGAGACCCAAUCCCUUUGUCACUCCAUCUUCCCGCUCUUUCAUUCAAACCCAACCCCCUUCUUUUGUGUAACGAGCUGUCAUAUUGGGUUAGCCCACUAGGGGAUUUUCAUGACAUGAUUAGUAAUCGAUGUAUUAUCGAUCCUGUGUAUAUAUAUGUAAUUCUGUGUGAUUAUUUUGGUAUUUAGUAAAUAAAUAAUUACACCAA